AUGUAUCUCGCUCCCCUCCUGCUCCUCCAGUCCUCCAAGCACCUUUCCUACUUCAGCUCAAUUCCCCUUAGUCCCCGAAUUUCCUCACCAACACUGAUCAAGUUUUGGGUGGAUGGACGGGCAGAGAGAGAGUCACAUACCACCUUGCAUUACACGUUUCUCCAGUCCUGCAGGCACUUUCUACUUUCAGCUCCGAUUUCCUGUAAACUCCAACUUUUCACCAGCGCUACUCGGGUUUCGGGCGGAGGGAUGCCGAGUCACAUACCGCCCAGCAUUACAUGUUUCUCCAGUCCUGCGGGCACUUUGCACUUUCAGCUACGAUUUCCUGUAAACUCCAACUUUUUUCACCAGCGCUACUCGGGUUUCGGGCGGAGGGAUGCCGAGUCACAUACCGCCCAGCAUUGCACCGCUUACCACACCUCACCGGGAGCACGUAGGCGCUCCCAUUCACGCCCUACGUAA